GACGCGGAGGCGUAUAAACUAGAGGAAAAACAUGCCCAUGUGAGAGCUGCGUGGUGAGUAACUAAAUUAACUUCAAAUAGACUGCAGUCUCGACGUGGACAAAGACUGAGUACUAUGAAUGAACCGGGACACUAUCCUCCGCCGGACUUCGGCUGUCCUCCUCCAAACUCUAUCCAGCACCAACAACUGCCCCGCUCCAGCAGCUUCCACCCCAACAUGUGGAGCUGGGGCGACCCGUCCUCGGAGCCCAGCUGGGACCACACUGGACAGACUGGGUGGCAUCAAGGGGACGCGACAGGGUUUGGUUUCCCACCAGGUCGUGGGAACUAUGGACCUACACGUCCCUACGGUCAAAACUUCGGCCGUGGGUGGCAUCAAGGCGGACAUCGAGGUGGAAGACAGAAUUAUGGACCCUCCAACAACCACGGGAGAAAGCAGAAAAAUAAGAAGGAACCAGAGUAUUCCCAUUUUUGUGACACCUGUGACCGGGCCUUCAAGAACCAGGAGAAGUACGAUGAGCAUAUUUCUCAACACGUGAAGUGUUCUGUGCCCGACUGCAGCUUCAUGGCUCAUGAAAAAAUAGUCAGCAUCCACUGGAAAAAUAACCACGCACCGGGAGCUAAAAGGAUUAAGCUGGACACACCAGAUGAGAUUGCGAAAUGGAGAGAAGAGAGGCGCAAAAACUAUCCCACACUUCAGAAUAUGGAAAAUAAGAGAAAAGUGAUGGAGGUGCGGGAGGAGACAGGAGGCGUUCUGGAGACAGCUCAGUUUGGGCGAAUGAAAGGCAGAGGGCGAGGUCGGGGGCGAGGUCGUGGCUGGGGCAACAGAGGGUUCCAUGGGCGUCACCCUCGAGACCCUCGAGACCCUCACCCAUCAGACGCCAGUGCCACAGAGAGACCGCCACCCCUCACCCAGCACUUCGUGGACGGGGAUCCUCUGGGAGCGCUGGCCUGCAGUGACCACGAUUCUGACAAAGAGGACCCAGCUGCUGAGUCCAGGACCACUGGCCUGGUUGUGGCUCCUAAACAGAUGAGCUCAGCUCUGGGCUCCCUUGUGGCAAACUACGGCUCCAUGAGUGAGAGUGACAGUGAUGAAGGACCAGAAGCCACCCCCAUUCAGAGAGCCAAAGACCUUGUGCAAGAAAACCAGGCUCUCCUAAACACAAUACCAGCAUACUCCCAGGACAGAGGACCCUCGAGAGGCUGGGAAACCUCUUCACAGGGUACAGAGGCUCACAAAGUCCACCAGCCUGACUCUGUUCUUCACACACCGAACAGCAGAGGAGGGAGAAGGGGAAGGGGAAGAAGAGGCAGGGGAGGAAGGGGAGGCAGGGGCGGUAGGGGAGGACAUCAAGAUACGCCACAGACACGUCGUCCCACUCUACUUGAGAUGUUACUGGCCCCAGAUAUCCGCCAUGAGAGGAAUGUCCUCCUGCAGUGUGUGCGCUAUGUUGUCCGAAGCAACUUCUUUGGCCUGGAGAGCAGACCUCAGAACCAGGAGGGGAUAAAGAAUAAAGCCACAUCAGUUAUCCCAGCUGGAAGGCAUGAAGGGAGACAGGAAAAUCCAUCAGAGGAAGUCAGGGCCGUACCCAGGUCGGCCUCUCUGGCUGGUGGAGAGAGGAGUUCAGCAGGAGUUGGUAAUCGGGAUGAUUUGGAAACAAGUAAAGCUGUUGUAGUUGACCAAAACUGUCAGGACCCGGUUUCGCAGAGCGAUCAUGUAUGCUCCGAACCAUCCAAGGACACUGUGGACUCAAGUGCUGAGCAGGUUGCAGAGGAUUUAAUCCGAAAUGCUGAAGAGACAACCGUCAAGGACUGCCAGAGCCUGGAUCUGACGGUCGAAGAUAAAAUCACACCUACCUCUAAUAUUAUUGAUGAUGAAAUAUGGGAGAGCCCUGGUGUUCCUAUGUGAAAUCCUCACUAAGUAAUAAAAUGUUUUUGUUUUUUUUGUUCGAAAACAUAAAAGUGAGUCUUUCAUAUGUUGUUAAUACUUUAAAAUUCAUUUUUUGUUUUUUUAAGGACUAACAUUUUUGAUGUGAUGUGAUGUUUGUGUGACUAACAAGAUCCAGUUAUAUUUUUGUAACAUGCAACGUACUAAAGAAAGACUAUUUUUUUUCUUGUAAAAUAAAUCACAUCAACUCUAUUGAUAAUUUU